GAUACUUUACCCCAAGGAUGGGAUUGGGAGGUGGGAAGUGAAAGAAAAUGACAAUUGUUCCCCUUCUCUACUUUGGAGGCCGAUAGGUGCAUACCUUAGUUGAGAAAUCUAAAUGAAUUUUUGAAAUAAAUUUAGAUAUCGAUCAGUUAAAUCGAAAAAAAAAAUAAAAAAAUCCGAGAUACUUUACCCCCAAGUAUGGGAUUGGGAGGUGGUAAGUGAAAGAAAAUGACAAUUGUUCCCCUUCUCUACUUCAUCACCAUUUUUUUUUUUUUUUAACCAAUUUUCAAUUCCUUCACAUUACCAAAUUGUCAAAAUAGUCAAGAGGAAAGGAAAGGGAUGAACCAAAACAAGCUCUCCCUUUCCCAUUCAAAUGUAGCUGCUCAAACCUUCAAAUUCCCUCUAAUUCCCUCACUUGCUUUAUACAUACUCUUUGCCCUUUUCUUGUUUGCUCUUUCCGUCUCUCUUUUCAUACUUGUUGUUGUUCAUAACCCUCUCUUCUUCCUCUUUUUCCUCUUCCUUUUUAGCCUCAUUGCUGCUUUUCUACUGUGGAACUCUCUUUCUUACCGCAAUAACACCACCAUUCUUCAUUACCUUCAUUCUUUGCCUGACUCCGACCUCACUGUUGCCUCACAUGGCCACCUCGUCAAGAUUACUGGGCAUGUCUCUUGUGGGAAUGCUUCUUUGGAGUCUUCUUAUGAGAAGGUUGGGAGAUGUGUUUAUGCAUCCACCUUGCUGUUUGAAUGUGGAGAACUUGGCUUGAAGCCUGUCGAUGUAAAAGAAUCAUGCUUCGGCUGGAGACUUGUUUAUUCUGAGAGGCUCUCAACUGACUUCUACAUAACUGACAACAACUCUGGUAUUAGAGCUUUUGUCAAGGCUGGACCUGAUUCCAGAGUUAUCCCACUGAUAAAAGAGAGCAGACUGGUUACAACAGCAAAAAACUGUAAGGUUUUGGCUUCUCAUAUGAGAAAAUGGUUAAGGGACAGGAAUCUCUCAUCUGAAGCUCGUUUGCUACGUCUAGAAGAAGGAUACAUCAAGGAAGGUAGCUUGAUUAGUGUAUUUGGUGUUUUGCAAAGAAGCAAUGAAGUAAUGGUGAUUACUCCACCGCAGGAGCUCAUUUCUACUGGCUGUUUAUGGAAAAAGUUGCUUCUCCCUGUUGAUGUUGAUGGACUGAUCCUUGCAAUCCCAUAGGUGUGUAAAUUUUGCAACCAACUCCAAUGUGGAAACGCAACAGAGAUUUAGGUGACAAAACACUUGCAAGGAAACUAACAAUGCUGCAUCACAUUUUGCUUGUUUCCAUCGCAUGUACAGCAACUUGCCUGAAGGAAGGCAGGCUUAUUUUUGGCUCAGAAUUUCAGUAGUUGGUGCUAUUGUUAUUUUCAGAUACAUGUGAAUUAUCUUGUUUAAACCUAGUCUUGGGUUGACAUUGCAAGAUUUUUCUCUUUGUUUCUUGCAAUGGUUAAACAAGUAUAAGCUACACAAGGUAAAAUAUUAACCCCCUGUACAAACAGUUUAUGUACAUUUUCAAGAUAAUAGCGCUAACUUUUUCUUGGGUUA